AUGGAAUCUUCUGCUCUCCUCCCAGCUGGGAGCACCACACGGGAGUCUCCCAGGGUCGUGCUCCUCUCCGGGGGCUCCAUCAUGUCCUGUUUCCCUCAGCUGUGGCGCUCCAGCACCCCUGGGUCCCCCAGCACCCCUGGGUCCCCGAGCCCCCCGGUGUCCCCGAGCCCCCCGGUGCCACCCCCGGUUCCAGCCCCCGGCGCGCCCCCGGUCCCCGUCAGCCCCAUCUCCCUGCCCUCCCCCGCGAGCGAUGGCCGCAGGAAGGGCCGCUCCCCGCUGGGCUCGCCCUGCUCCCCCAAACCCGCCUCGCCCGUCGAGUGCUCCAUCUGCUUCAACACCUACGACAACACCUUCAAAACCCCCAAACUGCUGCAAUGCCGCCACGUCUUCUGCCUGGAGUGCGUGGCCAGGCUGAGCACGGCGCUGCCGCCCAACCAACCCCAGGAGCUGCUGCCGUGCCCCUUCUGCCGCCAGCUCACCCACAUCCCCGAGCAGGGCGCGCCCGCGCUGGCCACCAGCAAGGAGCUGCUGGCCACGCUGCCCCCCGAGCUGCAGCACGAGCGGCCGCUCUGGAUGGAGGGCACGCGGCUCUGCUGCCGCCGCGCCUCGGACGACGCCGAGAGCGCCGAGGGCUGCGUGUCCAUCGACGUGGCCAUGAGCAAGGCCGAGAGCGCCGAGGAGGCCGCGCCGGGCCUGGCGGGGAGGUUGUCGCGGUGCGAGCUGUGCGAGGACUGGAAGCGCAUCGUGCUGCUCUCGGCGAUCCUCAUCAUCCUCUUCUGCAUCAUCCUGUGGCCCGUGCAGUGCGCGCUCAAGACGGGCAACCUGCGCUGCCUGGCGCGGCCCGUGGCCGUCAGCAGGCCCGAGUACCUGCCGGCCAAAGCCACCACGGCGGGGCCGGCGGUGACGCAGCCGGUUCUGCAGUAGGGACAGAGUCUGCGGGUGCUGGGGGUGGGAAGAGACAAAAUCCCCAUUUCCAGGGUGCCAGGAGCUCCUGGAUGUGCUGUGUGAAUGAGAGCGGGGCCUGGAUCUGCUUCCCUGACGGAAUCGGGAACAAAAUCCCCGUUCCAGUGGUGCCAGAGCCUCUGGAUGUGCUCAAGGAGGAAGAACCAGACCAGGAGCUGCUUUCCUGACAGAACCUGGGACAAAAACUCAUUUUCAGUUCUGCCAGAGACUCUGGAUCUUCUUGAGAAUGAACAACAGACAAAACCCCGUUUCCAGUAACGCCAAAGUUUCUGGAUCUGCUCAGGGAUGGGAUAACAGACUGGACCUGCUUUCCUGACAGAAUCUGGGACAAAAACCCAUUUCCAGUGGUGCCAGAGACUCUGGAUCUUCCUGAGAAUGAAUAACAGACAAAACCCCAUUUCCAGUAAUGCCAAAGCCUCUGGAUCUGCUCAGGGAUGAAGAACCAGACCAGGAGCUGCUGCCCUGACAGGACCUGGAUCAAAACCCCCAUUCCAGCAGCACCAGGAAUCCCUGGAUCCACUCAGCCCCAUGGGGACAAGGGGCGAGGCUGUCGCGGUGCGAGCUGUGCGAGGACUGGAAGCGCAUCGUGCUGCUCUCGGCGAUCCUCAUCAUCCUCUUCUGCAUCAUCCUGUGGCCCGUGCAGUGCGCGCUCAAGACGGGCAACCUGCGCUGCCUGGCGCGGCCCGUGGCCGUCAGCAGGCCCGAGUACCUGCCGGCCAAAGCCACCACGGCCGGGCCGGCAGUGACACAGCCAGUUCUGCAGUAGG